AGUAGUACCAUGUGCUUGUCGAGUCGCAGUGUGCAUAUAGGAUCCGCUCGGACCCAGGGACGGUUCGGCAUCCUCUGUCUACUACUCUGGUAGUGCUCACGGACACUGUUCGCACUAUGGCACAGACCAUGACAUCCGUCACCAUACGAAAGGAAAUUCGCGGAUUUCUGUGGAUGUUCUCAAUAGUGACUCUCGGCUUGAGCUGUGCACGGCUCCACUAUACACUCUACAACCCGCCCACAGACCCGCUGAACAGUAGCAAAAGCUACCACGAUCCUAUCGUUGUCGAGCUUAUCGUCACCUCGGCUUUGACCUAUGCCUGGACCACUCGGUUGCGACGCUAUUAUGAUGCCGAAAAGUACGAUCUGCCGAUCUUGUUCGCACUUUGGCUCGUCGGCGCAGUGUUCGCUACGGUAUUCCUCCCCGUGCUCUCGGUGGACGCUUCUCAGGCACUGACAUCGUAACUCCAGCUCCAGUGGGGGAACCUUACCUGGUGUUACAGCGACCAGUCCUGUCGCGUACUCACAGCUCUUGUCGCUUUCGUGUGGAUGAGCUGCAUAUUAAUUUUUGCUCUGCUUAUCAUCAGCUGGUUCCUGGUUCUUGUUGGU